AUGUCCACUUCCAAUUUGACCGUCUUAACCUCCUCCCACAAAAUCAUCGCAGCAAAGAAACGCGCAAAGCGAGAGCAAAUCAAAGAGAUUGUUUUCGAUGAUGAGGCUCGCAGAGAUUUUUUGACCGGUUUUCACAAGAGAAAGCUGCAGAAGAAGGAGGCCGCUAAGAAGAAGGCUUUGGAAAGGGAGAAGCAGGAGAGGUUAGAAGCGCGAAGAGAGAAACGAAAACUACUCGCCGAGCGAGCCGCACAAAAUGCAGCUGAGACAGAAAGGGCUUAUGGCGCUCACUCUGAGGGCCAAGACGAAAGCGAUCAGGAGUGGUCCGGUAUAUCUGCGGAGGGGAUCUCGAACAAGGGUAAAGGGAAGGAGAUUGAGGAAGAGUAUGAGAUGGAGGAACAGGUCGCAACCGUGACUGUUGUCGAAGACUUUGACCCGGCAGAAAUCAUUCAUGGACCACAAGAGUCGCGACCGGAAUCUCUGAAGUCUCAGAAUGCUCAUUCAUCCACUUUACCUAGGACUCAGCCGAAGAUCAAGUCGAGAGACACAUUAAGGUCGCAGCCGCUCGUUGCGAAAUCAAAGCUAGUCAAAAAAGCGAAAGACAUAAAAUACCAGACCAAUGCGGCGAGAAAAUCAGAGCGAAUGAAGCAGAGGAGAAGGAGAACAGAGAAAGCCGAGCGCGCUGGGGGCAAAUUGUCAAGGAAAAGCGGAGAUGGUCGCAGGAAGCGAAAAUAG